UUGCUCCCAGUCCCUCCCAGUUUAUCCCAGUCCCCCCAGUGCCAUGUCGCUGGCCGAUGAGCUGCUGGCGGACCUGGAGGAGGCCGCAGGGGAGGAGGAGGAGGAGGAGGCCGAAGGCUCCGAGGGGGGGGAGGGGCCGAUCGAGGAGGUGCGGGAGGAGCCGGAGGCGCCCGAGGGCGGCGAGAGCGUGCGGAGCAUCGCCAAGCUCUGGGGGUCCAGGGGGUUUGCCGAGAUCAUGCAGAAGAUCGAGGAGUACAUCGGGAAGCAGCCGCGGGCGGCCGAAGUUUUGGGGCCGGUGGAGGCGGCGCCCGAGUACCGGGUGAUCGUGGACGCCAACAACCUGACGGUGGAGAUCGAGAACGAGCUGAACAUCAUCCACAAAUUCAUCCGGGAUAAAUAUUCCAAACGUUUCCCGGAGUUGGAGUCGCUGGUGCCCAACGCGCUGGAUUACAUCCGCACCGUCAAGGAAUUGGGCAAUUCCCUGGACAAGUGCAAGAACAACGAGAACGUGCAGCAGAUCCUGACCAACGCCACCAUCAUGGUGGUCAGCGUGACGGCCUCCACCACCCAGGGGCAGCAGCUGUCCGAGGAGGAGCUGGGGCGCAUCGAGGACGCGUGCGACAUGGCGCUGGCGCUGAGCGGGGCCAAACUGCGAAUCUACGAGUACGUCGAGUCCCGCAUGUCCUUCAUCGCCCCCAACCUCUCCCUCAUCCUCGGGGCCUCCACGGCGGCCAAGAUCAUGGGACCUGCGCAGAAAAGCCGCUCGGCUGGUGGCCGCCAAGUGCACGUUGGCAGCGCGGGUGGACAGUUUCCACGAGAGCCAGGACGGAAAGGUUGGUUACGAGCUGAAGGAGGAGAUCGAGCGCAAGUUCGACAAGUGGCAGGAGCCGCCCCCGGUCAAGCAGGUGAAGCCGCUGCCGGCGCCGCUGGACGGGCAGAGGAAGAAGAGGGGGGGCCGGCGCUACCGGAAGAUGAAGGAGCGCCUGGGGCUGACGGAGAUUCGCAAGCAGGCCAACAGGAUGAGCUUUGGGGAGAUCGAGGAGGACGCCUACCAGGAGGACCUGGGCUUCAGCCUGGGCCACCUGGGCAAGGCGGGCAGCGGCCGCGUGCGCCAGACUCAGGUCAACGAGGCCACCAAGGCUCGGAUCAGCAAAACCCUGCAGAGGACGCUGCAGAAGCAGAGCGUGGUGUACGGAGGCAAAUCCACCAUCCGCGACCGCAGCUCGGGGACGGCCUCCAGCGUGGCCUUCACCCCCCUGCAGGGUCUGGAGAUCGUGAACCCGCAGGCGGCCGAGAAGAAAGUGGCCGAGGCCAACCAGAAAUAUUUCUCCAGCAUGGCCGAGUUCCUCAAGGUCAAGGGCGAAAAAAGUGGGGUCCCCACCCCCCCCUGAACCCCAAAAUUCCCAAAAUUUUCCCAAAAUCCUCCUGGGAACCCCAAAAUUCUUUGGGAACCCCAAAAUCCCCCACCCCCAAUUCACUUCUUCCCUUUUUAUCCAUUAUAAUUUGAAUUUUUGGGGGAUUUUUGGUGUGUCCUCCAGCUCGAGGAGGACAAAUUUGGGGUUCCCCACCCCCCCCUGAACCCCAAAAUUCCCA